AUGGACUCUACACUUGCUACAGCAAAGGGAGCUUCCCUGCCUUCAGCAAAUCCUACCAUCCAAGAAUCCAUCUUCUUCAGCCUGCCCACGGAGCUCCGCAUCCAGAUCUUAGACCUCGCCCUGGACCCGCCGGAAGAAGGAGUACCGCUAGGCCAACCAGGCUCAUGCCCAUCAAACGAUGUGCUGUCCAUCUUCCUCGUCAGCAAACAGAUAUACGCAGACGCCGUGCCCAUAUAUUACAGAAACGUCUGCAUAGACCUCAAUUCCCGCAGCUCGGCAGAGAAAGACGCCCGGCGAUUCCUCGAGAGGGCCACAAUUCCUCGCCAGCACAUCCGGAGCGUCACCGUCUGCCUCCGCAUGGUAGACUGCUCCAGCUGCCAAGCCGUCAGCGGCCUGGGACUGGAACGGUUCGUCGAGCUCAGGCGGCUGACCAUGCUCAUUGGUCCGGACUACCCGUACCCGCCGUACGGGUGCGCCGUCCACCCGCCUACGCGGCCCAGACACCAUUUCAAGUCCUGGCUCGACUCGGGCGAGCAGGUGACGGGCCCGGUGUGUCUGAAGGAGAAGAAUUUCCAGGGCCUGCUGCAGUCGCUGCGGAGACCCGAGUUCGGCGAGGUCAGCGUCAAGGUGCACAGGUUUCAUCUAGAGUUCCUCUGCCAGUUCCAUGGGCCGGAUCGGGCAAGGGAAUGCAGAGGGGAGUGGCGAGGUCAGCAAGACUGGGUUCCCCUGGACUGUGAAGCCAUGGUAAGAGCGUUGUCUAAGGCUCAGGUUGACGACUCCGUGGCGCCUGAGAGAAGUUGUGUAAGGUAUAGACAGUCCGAUCUCGCAGUGGUAAUCUGA